AUGAAUAACAAUUACUUUUGUUCCAACCAAGGAGGGGGUGAUCUACGAAUAUUUCCAACUGGACGUGAAAAUUAUCAAGAAAAUAUGCAAGAUGUUACUGGCAUGGGCCAUCCACCUAACUCACAGAAUAAGCAAGGCUAUGACUACAAAGUAAUUCAACAAGAUGAUGGGCAGUGUCCACCUCAGAAGAGAAACUUAAUGAACCAAUUCCCUCACUACUAUAACGGCCCUACAGAGUCUAAUGCUUACUACACCAUGGAUUCUGGACAGCCAUGGAUACCACCACUAAACCAAAAUCAAACACCUGACUGCCUAAAUCAAGUAUCUCCCCAUGAAGCCGCCAGUCCUGUAAGCAUGAAUCGGCCCACUUCCCCACAGGUCAUGUCCAAUGCUGCUCAGGCAGGGCAAGUGAAGUACCCCAUACUCCACUACCAAAAACCUUCACCAGCUAUGGCUGAAAGCUGCACGCCUAUGAGUACCAUAUCCAGUGCUGGAAGCUGCACCAGUGCAAGUACUAUAUCACAGGCAUCCACUGGAAGCGAAGACUCAGAUGUUGUGGUGAGUACAUACUAAUCCAAACUCAUGUACUGUUUAUAUAUGUGGUUUCUUCAGCCAGCAACAUGUUUGGAUUACUUUGAGAUUUUUUUUUUUUUGUGCUGGUAACAUUUACUUUUCAAAUUUCUCAUGUAAUAGGAAAUCUAAAUGUUGGAGAUAGUUUAUUGUUUUAUUGUCAAAGUAUCAAUGGCUAUUGAGUGAAAAUUACACUUUUCUAAAGGACAUUAAAGUAGAAAGUAGUGGAUAUGCAAAAAUUUGGUAUGAUUGGUUUAAUGUCUACAUUUUAAUCUUGUUUAUAGUAAACAUAAUGUUGUGAUGGUUUGACAACUGAAAAAUGUAGGCCAACAUUUGGAAAGGGGGAAAAAAUAUUUCAGAUAUUCUUAUUUGGAGAACUUUUCAAGCUUGCCACUUUCAUCCAAUUUUUUCACUCCACUUGUCGAUUUAGUUCAACUCACUAUUUAAUGAAAAAAAUUGUCUUUUCAUUCUACUUGGUAUAUAGCUGUAGCAGGUGUGGAACAAAUUAGAUUAUGGCUGUCCAUUAGGAUUUUAUUGUGCAGCCUGUAUAUGGAAAACAAUGGCAUAUAUCAUAUUGUCUAGUGAUACUUUAACCUAUUUUCUGCCAAUAUGAGCUCAAAUCCUAGAUCAGGUCUACUUUAUCAAUAAAUAAAUAGGGGGAAAUUGUAGUUCAAAUAAGCCUUCUGCAUAAACUCAAUGACAAUGUUGGCUCCAAGCAGAAGACUGUGACGAUUGCAAUCUGAGUGUACAUACAUAUAUGCUUACCCCAAACUUCCAUCUUGUAAUUUGUGCUUCUGUAUAGUUGGUAUAUAAUUGCACUCAUAACAUUAGUAUAUAACAUAUUUAAUAUCACAAACUAUUACUGUGGUUGAUGUUUUCCUGGAGAUCUGGACAUUUGUAGCUGUUGUGCUCUAAACACUUUCAAAAUAAUUUUGUUUUUAUUUUAAGUACUGUUUUCUUUAACCUCAAGUUUAAAACUUACUCCUUACAUUCACAGGAUAACUCGAGCAUGAGUGAGCUUGAAGAAUUUGCCCAUGAUGUUAAAAAGCAGAGAUAUGCGUUGGGUUUAACCCAGGAAAAUGUUGGGAACGGACUAGGAGUUUUAUACAGUAAGUUCAGAUAAAAAAAAAGUUACCAAGACAUUGAUUGAAAUAAAUCUAAGAAAGAUAUGAUUUAUAUUUAGUCAGUUUGUAAAAAAAAAACAAAAAAAAAAAAAACAACAAAUAAAAAGCAACUUAUAUUUUAAAGGGAAAAUCUGGUAUUUUAAUAACAGCAAGUAUAAUUAUCUAAAAUAUAUGUUAUUGAUAAAUUAUUUUUUUUAUGUAUAUGAAUGGAUUUCAUAUUCUAUAUAUUUUCUUUGAUAAAUAAACUCAUCCUUUGAGAAAGCACUACAGAGGGUAUUUAAUGCAAAUAAAUUAGUUUUUUCUACACUUUGGUACAAUAAAAUGCAAUAUGGAUGUUAUCCCUGAAUUUGAUGACAUGUAGUAGCCUUUGAUUGCAAUCAUGAGCCCAACGUUUGGAAAUAUGAGAUAACGCAAGGUCAAAAAUAGAAAAUUCAUGGAAACAUGCACCGGGAUACAGUUUCAUUGUGCCAAAGAAUCAUGUUUGCAUAAAAUGCUCAUUGUAGGCUUUUCAGGUUGCAGUUGCAAUGUCAGAGUGCUGUCAACAUAAUUAUGUAAAAAGCAAAAGCCAAUAACGUAAUCAAAAAGUUUAUUUUUUUCAUAUUAAUAAUAAUAUUACCAUUAUUACUAUAUUCAUUGAUUUAGUGAUAAAUAAUAAGAGAGUUUUUUUAAAGCCAGAACACAUCGACAUCACAUAACAGACAAACCAUCUACUUUGUUACAGAUAAAUCAUUUAGCCAGACAACAAUUUCAAGGUUCGAGGCUGUCCAACUUUCCCUUACUAACAUGCGGAAACUGAAACCAAUGUUGAAGAAGUUCUAUGAUGAAGUUAAAACAAAUCCAGCUAUCCUCCAAGUAAGUAAAACACUUUCUAAUUUUCAAAGCAUGUACUGGGACUUAUGUCCUUAAGAUUUAUUUACAUCAAGUUGAUAAUGUUGUUUAAAUUCCACUAUUAUUAGCAGUGUAAUUAAUUGUACUAAAACAAUAAUAACCAUUCAUCUCCCAACAUUGGGAGGUAUGGAAUUAAGAAGCAGCUAGAUUAGCCCUAUGGUCAUGGUCAAGGACUUGUGUCAGUGGCGAUGCCCACAAUGGAUGAGCCUGCCUGCAAAGGGAGUGGGUUGGCCCAUUGAAGUGGUGUGUCAGCCUUGUGUCAAGCACGCCAAGCUGACUGUCAGCAUCUAUAGCCGUAAGACCAAGGUAGGCAACCAUUGAUAAUCAAGAUGGACUGCAUCUACCAUGAUGCAUUACCAGAAUUAUGUCUGUAUGGGCAUUGGGGGCGAAGUUGUUCACAACAUCUGGUGUGCCACAGGUUGCCUUUCCUUGUAGUAGACCAUGCAGAGAGUAUUGCUAAAGCACACCCUGUAUGAAUUUAGUGGCUGCUACACAGCUAAAAUACAUCUAAUGAUGCACUCUCUCUGUGCUACACAGGGGCAGUCCCCUCUUCACAACUGCACUUAAAACACUGCUGACAUCAGUGUUUAGCCUUAAGAGCGCUACUGAGUUCAGGGUUAUGGCAAUAUAGCUAUGCUUUUUUUUUAAACUCAUUAUUAUUAUUAAUAGGCCAUUAUUAUCAUCACUUAGGACAUGUCAAGUAGCAGCAAGUAGAAGCAUAUCAAAAAGGGAUAUGGAAGUCACCCAGACCACUACAGCUCAUUGAACUGGUCUAGGUGCAAUGACCCUUAUGCAAUUAGUGCUGCAAUGUAAAACAGUCUGCCCACAGUGGCUGUCUACCAGACAGCCCCUAGAAGCUUCCUGUAUUGAAAUGGACCUUUGGUCUGUUAUCUGACACUGGACGUCGUCACUCUCUGCAUGGGGACCUCCAAUGUCAGAUUUUCCUCCUAGAAAAGUACUGAUUCAAUGCUUUUACUUUGUGGGAGGUCUAAUGCAGAGGUCUAAUGCCUGAUGCGGGCCUUCAGAGGGGGUGGGCCAGGACCCAACACCGAAGGACAUCCGCACUUGGUAAAGGUGAGUAAAUAACCCUGCAUUCACCCAGGUGGGGGGAGGGAGAGGGCGCGAGGAAGGGGAGAGGCAGAGGGAGCUACAGUGCUAGGAAUGCAGCUUUGUAUUCCUGCCACUGUAGUAUCUGUUUCAUUUUGAAAAGAAGAAAAUGGGUAUAUGGCUACAGUGAGUUUAGUAAAUCACUGCUGCUGUAGUAUUAUGAUAAAAGGAGGUAUAGAGCCCUUUGCAGUAUAAUCAAUGCAAGGUGUACAGGUAACUAUGGUGCUUGGGGUUCUUUUAUGUUAGUGCCCAUUUAAUUGUGUGAAAUAUGCUCAUUACAAAUUGGGGAUUUUUUUCUUUUGAAACUUGUUAAUCUACUAGAUUGGAAAGAAAUGUAAUUCUGUGAGUAACAGGUUAUUCUUUGCAUUUGUUUUAUUUUUUUGCAACACACUAGGUUGUUGAAAAGGUAGAAAAGCCGAACAACUCUGUAAAAAAACAAAAACGCACAUUCAUUGAUAAGGCGACAAAGCAAAAGUUGGAAGAGAGUUAUAACCUGGUCCCUCAUCCCAGUAAAACGGAAAUCGAAAAAAUUUCAAACGAAAGGAAGCUAAAAAUUGAAGUAAGUACUGACGAUAAGAAGAUUUAUAUCAACUACAUUGACAUGAAAAUUUACAGUUAUUUACUAAAGUGAGAAUUCAAAGUGAACUUCAGAUUUAAAGUGACACUGCAGUCACCGAAACCACUACAGCUUAAAGUGGUUAUGUCUACAGCCUGCCCCUGCAGGCUUUCUAAUGUAAACACUGCCUUGUCAGACAUACUGCAUCUACCUCACACACUGAAUCCACUACACAAACACACAUUCUACAUCCACUCUACAAACACAGACACUGCAUUCACAACACACACUGCAUAACAUAAUGGAUGUGGGCAUGUUUUGAUGGGUAUGACUUGAGAGGGGGGAGGGGGGGCAGCAUUUCAUCCUUGGACCAAGGCAGCACAAUGUCUUGGGCCGGCCGUGAGUUAACUGUUAUAGCAACCAUCUUGUGGCAGUCACUUUAACAAUGAGUUCUAGAGAUUUGACUACCAGCAUGCACAAUUUGGGUAAAAGACGACUCUAUAAUUAAGGCCAGUUGGACAUGUCUCCAAUGGUGCCACCUAAACCAUAGUUUUGUAAGGAGUUUUUUUCUACAUCGCUAUUUUGGCCUAACAUUUCUCUGAAAUCCCUUUUUUAAUUUUCACUAAUUUCCAGAUUAGCAAAUAAUCCUAAAUGUAUUAGCUGGGACUAGAGGCAAUUGUUCUUGCUGGUACAAAAGUGAAUCUUUUAAUGUAUGAAUUAUUUAUAUUAUGAAUUUCCCAAACGUUUUGCUCUGCAUAAAUCAAACUUGGUACUUGUGUAUUAUGUCUGUUUAAAUGUGAAUAAUUUGUUAAUCAUUUCACCACCUCAUAUAAGAUAAUUAGAAUCCUUCACAUAAGAUGAAUUCCUUUAUUGAUCACCCAUUACUUUCAUUAUUUAUCAAUAGGUUGUUAAAACAUGGUUUUGCAACCGUCGCCAGAAGGAUAAAAAGGAACUGAACAAACUACUGAAAGAGGCCGUAGCACCUGGUAACUUUGCUCAACCUAUUCCAGGUCUUAACACAGGAACCUGUGCCAUACCACCAGUGGCAGUACACCAACCUUGCCUAAUUGAUAUGACUGGAUCAAAUCGUACACCUUAUAUGGCAAUAAACGACUACAAUGGACAAUUCAUCCAAUAUGCCACAUAA